ACUUGCUCUUGCUCAACUCUUGACGUAGGCAUUGGAAAGUUAAAAGAAAUCACCCACACGAACGGCAAUCUUUGUUGCAUCAGCCUGCAGAUACAUUCCUGCCCUCUGGUAGCAAAAUACGGCAGGAAACUGGAAACAAGUAGCCAUAUAUAUCCUUAGAUAAUGUGCAGUACGUCGCUGUCGCAUUACACAAUCAUGCUCAUCUAAUUGCAUUCUCACUUCUCACAAAUACAAGACGGUCGGGACUUUACGGAACUUGCUCCGGCGACAUCCAAAAAGCAUUUGCGUUGCACAGCAUGCACGUGCUGUACCAUAUGGAGGCAGAGGUUGACAAGCAGAGAGUAGGAUUCACCGGGCUAAACGGCGGCGGCAACGGUCACCGUGGUCACCACCGCGCCGUCAGCGCCGCCGCACUGGUUGAGCUCAACCUGCUGGCCGGGAUGGUGAGCACAGGCUGCGCCCGCCAGAACACCGCGCAGCCGCCGCCUGUGGUCGUCGUGCUGGUGCCGGACGUGGCGCGGUCACCGGCAGCGGUACCGGCGGUCGAGUCGGAGCCGCCGCAGCUGUUCGCGUGCCACUACUGCCGGCGACAGUUCUACAGCUCGCAGGCGCUCGGCGGGCACCAGAACGCGCACAAGCGCGAGCGCACGCUCGCCAGGCACCGCGGCGACGCGGCGGCGCCACUCGGGCUCGGCCACGACCACAUGUACGCCGCCCGUGGUGGCGGUGGGGCGCCGUUCGCCGUCGUCCAUGGCGCCUUCAUGCAGGCUGCGCCGGCGCCGGCGCUGGAGUGGAAUAAUGACGCAUGGAGCGGCCAGGCUGCCCCUGCAGCGGUGGUGGCCGUCGGCGAGCGGUUGUCCACUGGCCCGGGGGUUGGAGCUGCACAAGAGCUGCCUAAGCUUGAUUUGACUCUGAAGCUGUGAGCGUGAACCUGUCAGUCCUACAUAUACAAAUUUUUCUUGCUAGCUCAAGCAGCGAGUAUAUACAGUGUGCCAUUUCCUUCUCUUUCCACGGCGUCUGCAUGCCUUGAACAUAUAUAUAUGUAAUGUAAGUUGGAUUUUGCUUGUAAUGUAUGUUACCAUCAUUGUGAA